AUGGCCAGUGUUGCCAUGUCGCGGCCAUUGUCCAUUGUGAAAACAACCCCUUUAUUCCGUAUUAUGGUUAAACCUCCGAUCGCUUCAUUUUCCAUGAAAUAUAAAGAAAAUCCUCCAGAAGUGCCCUUUCCAUUUGAUUAUAUGAAUAAAAAUUAUUACUAUCUAUUUCAUCAUAAAUUAUUUCAACAUUAUACCAUUGCUAAUAUCCACGAUAAUACGUUGUUUUUUGAUGUUGAAUCAAAUUUUGGUGUUCAUCGAUCGAAAUUCACUAAAGAUUUGGCUGAUCAUAUUGGUUUUCUCCACAUACCACUGCCUGAUUUAGAUCGUAUGCAUUAUAUGGAUGAAGAAAACACUACAAACUGGAGACAACUUUUCAAUGAUUAUUGUCUACGACGUGAUCGUUAUCCAAUACCAGAAGAAUGGCAUUUAGAUCCAACUCAUAAUGCAACAAUACGAUUAGUAAGACCUCUGCUACAAACUCAAACAUAUCAAUUAAGAUACGGUCUUACUCAUAUGUAUAGUACAGGUACGUUGAUGGUUUGUCCCAUGAUAAUUG